UCUUCCCUUGGUAUGGAUGAAGCGUCGUUCGUCAAUCAUAUCCCUUUUAUCCCAUUUCGCAGCAGCGAGAGUGAGAAACAUGAGAGUUGGAAUGGGAAUGGCUUCUCAUCUCUCAUCUCCUCCACUCUCACCCACCAUUCGCCCUUCUCUGACCUCACCACUCUCCUCAAACAACUACAUUUUGAAGACAGUUGGACUUCAUGUGAAAUUCAGCUUGGAAGAUAAGAGCUGCACCACAGGAGCUUCAGAUGAUUCAUCUGAAUUAUCAAAGACAAAGGGUUCUUCGCUAACAGUCUCACGACGUAGGUGCCUUACACAUUUAUGUUCAAGUGUUGCAUUGAUAAGCUUUCCUACUUCUAUUUCUAUGUCCAAAGCAUCUGCUCUGGAAGGAAAAGAACGGCCUGUUUGUCGUAAUUGUGGGGGUGGCGGUGUUAUACUAUGUGAUAUGUGUGGUGGUACAGGAAAAUGGAAAGCUCUCAACAGAAAACGGGCUAAAGAUGUUUACGAGUUUACUGAAUGUCCAAAUUGUUAUGGUCGAGGGAAACUGGUGUGCCCUGUUUGUUUAGGGACUGGUUUACCCAAUAAUAAAGGUCUUCUUAGGAGGCCUGAUGCGCGGGAGUUACUUGACAAAAUGUACAAUGGGCGCAUAAUGCCGAGCUUUUAAGUAAGUUAUUCCACCCUCAAAAAUAGAAAAAAAAAGAUCUAUUAUUUAAUUCCACUCUUAUACUUCUAUGCUAAGGGCUUCUUUAGUUGUGGAAACGUUUUGUCACUUUCCAUUUCCAGUUUUCUGAAGAAUCACAUAAGUUCCACCUUAUUUUUCAAUUUUCCAAAAAAAUAUUGUAGGAAAUUUGAGAAAAUGUCUUUCUAUUGUUUUUCGAGUUCUAUGUAUAAAUGCCAAAAAACUGGAAAACAAGAUGGUAUUUUUGUAAUUAAUUGGAAAAUUAGAAAUAGAAAUGAUAUUUGUUUUUUAA